AUGAUGUUAAAGUUAAACUGCAGUGACUCUGGUCAGGCCAUCUGGAACGAUCAGAGUGGUCCGGUGAAACUAGAAGGUUUCUAUCGAGCCACAGUUUUAAAGGUAUGGACCGAUGCCAAGGACCCUAGGUAUGUUCAGUUAAAGGGAUCUCCAUCCAUACAGUCUUUCAUGAUCACGAUCAUGAGAGACAACUGUGUUCCUGAGGUGACAGGGUACUAUUUUGUCACCUAUGCCAACUGGGAGCAAGAAACCCAGAUGGUGAUGUUGGACACUAAUCCCUGGAGGUGGGAUUUGGUGUGCAAUGGGGUAGAUACCCCUACGGUGGAUAUUUGGAUGGAUGGUACUCCUAUGACUGAAGAAUACCGGGAUCCUGUAGCUCCUCAACUGUCAUUCCCCUGUAAGAUCAUCACGGAAGCCAAAUUCAUCCUGUUUACCUGGAGAAUUACCGCAGAUGACUUCCGAGUUGACCAUUGGGAUCACAGAUGUGAGGAGUUUGUUAGGAACCAAAUUGACAUGCCAUCAGAUUCUGCUGCAAAGGAGCAGCAACAGGAUGAAAGUGAGCAUUCUAAGUAUCCAGAUUUAGAGAUUGAAUAUGUGGAGAUUGAUUCCCCAGGAAGUGAGUUUUAUGUUGCUGAAGAAGAUGGACCCUAUUACCACAGUUUAAUGAAUCAAGUUUGCCAUCAACAAGCUCACAACAAUACAGUGUUCAUGGCAAUUCCUCCCAAUCCUGUGAUUAUGACCAGUCUUUGGUACAUAGAACCACUGGUGGCAUUAAGAGCAAGCCACCAAGGCCCUUUAACAUCAUAUACUCAUGGAGAAAUUAAAAAAGUGCCAUUUAUUAAUGUUGGUUUCUCCAACUGGAAAAAUGCAAUGGAAAAUGAAAAGGGGAUGUCACAACAUGAAAAAUCUACUUCCCACAAAGAAUCCUGUGUAAGCUGGCAGGAUUUCAAAAGAAACAAAGAAAAUGAUAUAUCCAUUAUGAAAGGCCUAAGCGAAGGAAUUGACAAUUUUUGGAAAGUUCUUAUUGAGGGAAAAAACUGUACCAUAGAGAUUCCAGAAGAAAGAUUUAAUACCAAACAUUGGUAUGAUCCCGAUUAUGAUAAGCCAGGAAAAAUAUGUACCAGUCGAGCUGCCCUUGUGGAAGGCAUUAAUGAAUUUGAUCAUAAACCUUUCGGAAUCUACAAGUCAGAAACUGAGAUUAUGGAUCCACAGCAAAAACUUCUGCUUGAGUGCACAUACAGGGCUCUGGAAGAUGGAGGCUACCCAACAGAAAGCAUCAGUGGAAGUCAAACUGGAGUGUUUAUAGGUCUCAUGAACAGAGAUUCAGAAAGCAUCUACAAUCAAUGUCCUGAUAAUAUUGGACAUUUUAAUGGAACUGGCACAUCAACAUCCAUAGCUGCCAAUCGGAUAUCAUAUUGUUUAAAUUUGACUGGACCAUCGUUGUCAAUUGACACUGCUUGUUCUUCUUCUCUUGUGGCUUUACAUUAUGCCUGCCAGUCCAUCAGACAAGGUGACUGUUGUAUUGCGAUCUGCGGAGGAGUCAGUUGUAUAAUUGAACCUCGCAUCUAUGUUGCUCUUAGUAAAGCAAAGAUGAUUUCUCCGGAAGGGACAAGUAAACCAUUUUCCAACAAAGCUGAUGGAUACGGAAGAGGAGAAGGGUGUGGUGUUGUUAUCUUAAAACCUUUGAAAGAGGCUAUCGAAGAUUCCAACAAAAUCUGGGGUAUAAUAUAUAAAACUGCAAUUAACCAAGAUGGACGGUCGGUGUCACCAAUCACCAAACCAUCUCAAUACCAACAAGAGAAAUUAAUGGAGCAAAUUUAUAAAACAAUAGAUCCAUGUUCUGUGCAGUAUGUUGAAGCUCAUGGGACUGGAACACCAAUUGGCGAUCCAACAGAAGCGGCCAGCUUAGGAAACAUCUUUGGGAAAAUACGUCCUAUUGGAAAGAAGCCUCUGAAGAUUGGAUCAGUUAAAGGGAACAUUGGCCACACUGAAUCUGCUGCUGGGGUUGCUGGGUUGAUAAAAGUUCUUCUCAUGAUGCAUCAUGAAAUUAUUCCUCCAUCUCUACAUUAUUCUAAAGAAAAUGGCAUAAAAAUCAUAGAGGAGUCGAAUCUAGAGAUUCCAACCAGGCCUGAAAAAUGGCAAGAGGACAUUAAAUUUGGAAGAAUGGCAGGAAUAAAUUGUUUUGGAUUUGGAGGAACCAAUGCACACGUUGUUGUUAAACAAUAUAAACAAAAAGAUUCUCAAUAUCAUUCAAAAAGACCAGUUGAACUUUUUAUUUUGUCUGCAGCUUCCAGCGAAUCACUUCACCUCUGUAUUGAAGAUACAAAACAAAUGUUAAGCAAGUCAACAUCCUUAACUCUGGAGAACUUGGUCUACACAGCAUCUUGCAGAAGAAGUCAUCUAAAUUACAAAUACAGAAUAGGAUUUCUGGCCUCUUCCUUAACUCAAUUACAACAACAGCUUCAAAUUAUGAAAAAAGACACUGCCCAAGCUAUAUCCAGUCCCAAUAUUGUAUUUGUGUUUUGUGGGAAUGGACUGAUUUAUAAAGGGAUGUGUAAGAUGUUACUACAACUUGAGCCAGUGUUCAGAAAGAAAUGUAUAGAGAUAGAUGAGAUCAUCAGAGUAUACACUCAUCUUUCUGUGGUACAGUUGUUGGAACAAGAGUUUGAUGAGUUCUUAAGGCCAGAUGUGGCACAGUUGAUGCUCUUUACAGUUCAAGUGUCUUUAGUGACUCUCCUGAAACAUUGGGGGGUGAGGCCAGAUGGUGUUCUAGGACACUCGGUUGGAGAAGUUGCGGCAGCACAUUGUUCUGGACUUCUUUCGCUAGAAGAUGCUGUCAAAGUAAUUUAUUACAGGAGCUCACUGCAAUGCAAAGCUGUUGGAGGGAAAAUGUUGGUUAUUGGAAAUAUAACAGUCACUGAAAUAUCAAAAUUAAUUAUGCCCCACAAGGGAAACAUUUGCAUUGCUGCUUAUAACAGUCCUACCUCAUGCACAGUUUCUGGAGAUGGUGAGACAAUAGACCAACUCAAUAAAAAACUGUCAAAAGAUUACAGUUCAAAUAAUAUAUUUCUACAUGUACUUGAUGUCCCUGCUGCAUACCACAGCCACAUGAUGGAUCCUAUAUUAAAUGAGAUAAAAGAGAUGCUAAGGGAUUUACAGGAACAUGAUCUUGAAGUUGCUUUUUCAACAGUGACAGGAAAGCCUGCAUCCAAAGGAGAUUUCACCACUGGUGAUUACUGGGGUAAAAAUAUUCGUGAGCCAGUUGCCUUUCAACAAGCCAUAACUUCAGCAAAAGAUAAAGAACACACUCUUUUCAUUGAAAUAGGUCCUCGGAGAGCACUACAAAGAAACAUAAUUGAAACCUUAGGACCCAAAACAAUAGUAGUACCUGCCUUACAGCCCAAUAAAGAGUAUGCUACUAUCUUUUCCAUGCUGAUUGCACUUUUUACACAAGGAUACAAUCCUGACUGGUGUAAUGUAUUUGAAGCAUACAAGUCUUCUCCCUCAACAAUUCCAAGAUAUCAAUUUGAUCACAUCAAGCAAGAUAUUAAAUUUGAAAAAAUUAGACAGGGGAACCAAACAGCAUCUAGUCCCAACCACCCAUUAAUUCGUAGCUUGAGUGAAGAUUUCACUGACUUCCAAUGUAUAGUGUCUAAAACCAUUACACCCUAUGUCUAUCAACAUACAAACUGGGGUUCUGCCCUCAUUCCAGGUGCAUUCUAUGUAGAACUUGGAUUGGCAGCUGCAGCUAUCAGUUUAAAACCUAAACUACCUUUAAGCUCUUUAGAAAUCAGUGUAACAUUUUCCAACCCUUGUGUUCUUCACCAAGACUCUGUUGACCUGAAAAUCAAGUUACAUAAAGAAGGCAAAGUAACUAAUUUUGAAGUUCUAACAUCACAUGUUUUUGCAAGUGGGCAAAUCCAAAAACAUAACUCUAUAGUAAAUUUCAGUCAAAGAAUCUCAGCUGAACAGAUAUUCAAUAGAUGUACCUCUGUUUUUAAAAUUGAAAGGAUCUAUGAGCAGCUCUCCAUAUUUGGAUUUGAAUAUGGGAAAGCUUACAAACAUCUGGGUGAUGUUCAUUAUGGAAAUGAUCUCAAAGAAGGGAUUGCCAGAAUGAAAGUAAGUGAAGAAGUCAGAGAAACAAUGUAUGAGUACCACAUCCAUCCAGCCAUUUUAGACUGCUUUCUUCAAAUGGGAGUUUGUGUGGGAUCAAGAACAAAAGACUCAGCUAUUUUCCCAUCAUCCAUAGAAAGUUUAACGAUUCUACAGCCUCUUCAAGAAGAAAUGAUGAUCUACAUGAAAACAAUAAAAACAACAGAGAAGUACAUUGAGUUCUGUGGAUGUUUUGUGGAUAAAACUGGUUCCAUUUUAGUAGAAAUAAAAAGUGCUAAGUUGUCAUUAUUAAAACAAACAGAGAACAAACAAGUGAAAACUUUUUACCAAGUUGAAUGGACACAAUGUUCACAACCCAGUCAUAUACCAGAACACGAGCCAAAAAUGUUGAUUUUUUCUGACACUCUUGGAAUAGGUGAAAAAUUAUCAACGUACAUGCGGAAUGAACCUAGCUAUGUUAUGUUCAACAGCUGGGAUUCAGAUUUUCAGGCACAAAAGCUUCUCAAUAGUGACUGCACUGAUGUUGUGUUUAUGUGGGGAAUCCAAAGACCUUCUAUCCGUACAGUGACAUUCAGAACAGUAGACAGCACAGUAGAUAAUAUUAACCCUGGAUUUGCUUUUGUCGGAAUGACAAGAGCUUGUCUCUUUGAAAUACCUGACCUAUUAUUUCAGCUGAUUGACAUUAGCUCCACAAGUCCCCAAGAUGUUAAGGCACUAGCCCAGGUUAUUCUUAAUCAUAACCCAAAGGACCAUCCUGAGAUCUGGAUUAAUGAUGGUUCUAUUUAUACCAAUGAAAUAAUUUUCACUGACACUGAAAGGAAAACAAGGCAAAUAGAUUCUUUACAGAAAUCUGAUAAUUUCACCCUUUACACUUCAGAGCCUUAUACGGUAACUAACAUUUCUGCUGAACAGUCUAAUCACAAAUUAUCUGAGCGUCAAAGCAAAGACUUGAAGAUUUGUGUUGAUCAAAUUUGCAUCCACACAGAUGAUUAUUUUCCUAUUAGCCUUUCAAGCUGGAAAUAUGGGAAUGCUUUGUACUGGAACUCUUUGACCAGUGAUAAGCAUAAGAUUGUUGCUCUGGAUUUUGCCGGUGUUGUGACUGAAAUUGGCAAAGGUGUUAAGAAAAUCCAAGUUGGUGAUCGAGUUGCCACAUGUUAUCCAAUAACAGCAACCUCUAAUGUCACUCUUCCAGAAAAUGUUUGCUACUUAGUCAAAAAAGCUCUAGUGAUAAAAAACGCUCCUUGCAUCUCAUUCUUUGUCUUAGCCUGGGAAAUUCUGCACAAUCAACUACCAAGUGCAAAAAAUAAGCCUAAACUUGCCAUUCUAACAUCUGAUAUAAAGUCAGUCUUAUGCAGAGUUUUGUCCAAGACAGCAAAACAGAGUGGAUGGGAAACUGUAAUAUCUGUUGGGAGUAGGGUGUUUGAUAAGCAGUGCACUUCAAUGGUUGUUCUUCCUACAGUAGGAGAUGUCUCUAGAGAGGUUCUUGAUGCAUUACCACUCCUCAAAGAUGUGGUUUUUCUAUCUGAUCAUAAAAAUGUUAAAAACUGGCAAAUUCUUAAUCUUAGCAGCAACCAAAAGAUUCAUGUCCAUUUGCUUGCUAUUUCUGACAUUUUCCAGAAGGCAUAUUUACAACAGCAUGCAAAAUAUCUGCAUAAGUGGCUUUAUUCCAUUACUUCAGAAAACGCCAUUAUUAUUCCAAAACAGUUGAUACAACCAUCAUGUAGUGAAUCUGACUUUUACAGUGGAGAAACCAGCUACUUUACUACCCAGUCCUUACCUGUAAUUGAGCUAGACAACAGUACUGUCUCAUUGAUACCAAUGUCAGCACCCAAUCCAAUGCUCUUCAAAAAUAACGCUGUUUACAUUGUCACAGGUGGUCUGACUGGUCUUGGAUUUGAAACUGUGAAAUUUAUUGGGAAUAAUGGUGGUGGCCACAUAGUAAUUCUAUCUAGAAGAAAACCAGCACCUGAAAUAGAACAACAGUUAACUAAAGUUCAGAAUCAUAAGCAAAGAACCAAGAUAAUCAGUGUACCAUGUGAUAUUUCCUGUUACCAAAGCAUAAAAAAAGCCAUUGAUUUCAUAAAAACAAUAUUUCCAAAUAUCCCGGUGAGAGGUGUCUUCCACAGUGCUGUUGUUUAUAAUGAUAAGAUUCUGCAGAAUCUAAACUUGUCCCUAUUUGAGAAAGUUCUUAGCCCAAAAGUCGAUGGAGUUGUGAAUCUUCACCUUGCAACAUUAAACAUGAAACUGGACUAUUUUGUUUGCUACUCCUCUACUAGUUCAUUUGUUGGAAAUUCUGGACAAGCAAAUUAUGCUGCUGCCAACUCCUUUCUUGAUAUAUUCUGCCAAUAUAGAAGGAAUAUGGGCCUCUGUGGCCAAUCGAUCAGUUGGGGUGGCCUCAAUCUUGGAGUAUUAAUCAAUCAGCCUUAUGUGCAUAAAAUCUUAGAAUCAAAAGGAAUACUUCUCUUGAGUACUGUUGAAAUUCACGAGCAUCUUAAGACAUGUCUUCAACUAAAUAAUUCAAGUCAAGCAAUUGUCAAAUUUAACUUUAAAACCAUGUAUGAAACCCAGAUGUCACAAAUUCCAGCACUGAAAAAGCGGUUCUACAGUGUGGUACUAGAAGAGAUGAAUAGUUGGGACCAAAUAUCCAAAGAAAACCAAUCUUCCAAUAGUAACAAUGAAACAUGUGAAGAUUACAUUUUGUUAGUAGUUACUGAACUCACAGGAGUCAGCCCAAACGACAUCACUAUGAGUACUCUUCUCAGUUCUCUGGGGAUUGACUCAAUGUUGGCUAUGACAUUACAAAGUCGUAUCCUUAAAGAGAAGAACAUGAGGAUACCCCUGCUAAAACUACUGGAUCCCAACACAACAAUCUCAAUGAUGGUAUCAGAGGUUAAAGAAACCACUGGUGAUAAAAAAGAGAUUGGUAGCGAGAUUAUAGAGGAAACUCUACUGUAA